AUGUCCAAGGAGGAGAAUACUUUUGUCAAACCAUUAAAAAUCACCGCCUUGAGCCUAUUGAUAAUCCUCAUAAUAAACAUUUCAUAUAGGUUGAUUCUGAAACGCUAUUUAAGAUCGGCAGUCAUUUGGGGUUUAGGAAUCGCCAAUGCAGAUCACAAUGAUAUAAUGUGGUGGCAAUCCUCACCACUACUGGAGCGCUGGAUAUGGCGAAUGAUAGACAAUUAUGAAUCCAUGUAUGAAUGA